AUGGGCAAUUGUAACACAAAAAAGAGAGUUAAAAAAUAAUAAGAAGUAGUUGUAUCUACUUAAGGACCUGAUGAAAAAACUAGAAUUGAUAGAAAAUAAUAAAAGUCUUAAACUUUAACUCCUAUUCUUGCUAAAACUUUUUUAUCUGACACAGUAAAUGAGUCAGUUAUUUCAAUUCGUUCUACAAAAAAAAUUCUUGAUUAAUAGAAAUAACCAAUCUAAAUAAGAUCUGGACUAUUUAGAGUCUAUACUUUAUUAGGAGGUAGGUCUGAUUCUUUUUUAGAAAAAUUAGAUGAUAAACAAAUUAGGAUAGUCUAACAUAAUAUUAGUGGAAUUAAAAAAAGGGUAUAGACUAUUAAUAAAUCUGAUACUUCUACUCAGAAUUUUAUACUCAAAAUCUAGAAAAACAGAUUGGUAUUUAAAUAAAUAAUAUUAGUAUAAUGAAUAUAUCUGUCCAAUUACUAAUAUUUAUGAAGACACAGAUAAAUAUUAUCUGUUAUCUGACUAUUGUAGUGGUGGAAGUUUAAAUUCAUUAAAAGGAAAAUUAAAGGAUAAUUAAGUGACUAUCUUAUUAAAUUAAAUGGUAACGGCUAUUUCUUAUUUACAUUCUAAAAAAAUGGUUCAUGGUAAAUUGUCUUUAGAUAGUUUCCAUUUAUUAAAUGAUUUAAAUAGUCUAUUUUGUAAGUUAAUUGAUGCAACCUGUUUAUUUUAAGGGAAAUCGUAAGUUAAAAUAGAACCAUCAUAAGAAGAUUAUGCUGAAGAUAUUUAUGCUUUAGGAAUGAUUGCUUAUUAAUUAUUAACUGGAUUAAUGCCAUAUUAAAUAAAAAUUAAUAAAUAAUAAGAAAAUAAUGAAAAUGCCUUAAUCCUAUUAUAUUUUAAUGAAGGAACUUCACCUUCUUUAAAAUAAAUAUUGAAGAAGAUGUUAGAGAAGAAAAUAAGUGAGAGAAUUACAAUAGAGGAACUUAAAAAAUAAUUAUAAAAAAAUGAUAUAAGAAAUAAUUAUUCUGAUUUUUUAAUAAAACCUUUGNCAUUUUAAUUUUAUAUGAUAUAUAAAUAUAUAUGA